AUGGGGUCUUUUACAUUUGGCUAUAGCAUUGCUGUCAUUAAUUCUCCUGAGACUAUUGUCGAAAACUUUAUUAAUGAGACCGUGAUCCAGCGAACAGGAGUUCCUAUCUUAGCCAGCCACUUGAGGAGUUAUUGGUCACUGAUUGUGGCCAUCUUUGCAAUUGGAGGUAUGAUUGGUGGUCUCAGUGCUGGGGCAUGGGCUGACUUUUUUGGUCGGAAGAAAGGCAUGCUCCUUAAUAAUGCAAUAGGCAUUGCUGGAAGUAUGUUGAUUGGAUUCAGUAAAAUGGGUUCGUCUUUUGAGAUGAUCAUUGUUGGCAGAGUAAUUCUUGGCUUCAAUUGUGGUUUAACCACCUGCCUAACACCUAUGUAUUUGUCAGAAAUUGCACCUGCAAACAUCCGAGGUGCAUUGGGUGUCGUACAUCAACUGGCAAUCACAAUUGGAAUCUUAAUGUCACAGAUCUUUGGCUUUCAAGAAAUUCUUGGCACAAAAAGCUUAUGGCCAGUUCUGCUGGGGCUGCCACUUGCCCCCUGUAUCAUCCAGUUGUUGAUGCUGCCUCUGUGUCCAGAGAGUCCACGUUUUCUUCUUAUUACUAAACAUCAAGAAACAGAAGCCAGAGCAGCUCUUGUUACCUUACGAGGGAAGUUUGAUGUUGACCUUGACAUUGAAGAUAUGAAAUCUGAACAAAGAAUGUGCCAAGCAGAACCAAAGAUCAGCAUUGCACAAUUGAUAGUAAAAUCAUCCUUAAGAAAACAAUUGGUGAUAGGUAUUGUGAUGCAAAUAUCGCAGCAGUCCUGUGGAAUCUUAGCUAUUCUUUACUAUUCCCACUCUCUAUUCGUCUCAGCUGGAAUGCUGCCCAAUGUGGCUACUCAUGCUGUCAGUGGAAUCGGUGCAGUUAUGGUUGUCAUGACAUUCAUAAGUAUCCCCCUCAUGGAGUAUGUGGGUCGAAGAACUCUCCACCUCACAGGGCUCAUGGGAAUGUUUGUACUCAGUAUUGUCAUGACGCUGGCCCUAACACUAAAUGGCACUGUAAAAGGAAUGCAAACAGUUGGUGCCAUAACAGUCAUCUUUUAUGUUGCUGCCUUUUCAAUUGGUCCAGGUUCCAUUCCAUGGUUAAUUGUUGCUGAACUUUUCCCCCAAGGAUCCCGGGCCCCUGCCAUGAGCAUCUGCACCAUGAUUAACUGGCUAUCAAAUUUCAUUAAUGGUUUUACCUUUCCUUAUGUACAGAAAGGACUGGAUGAUCUCUCGUUUGUGCCUUUCACCAUUUUGCUAUUGCUUUUUUGGGGCUUCACCUAUAUGUACCUGCCAGAAACAAAGGAUAAGACUAUUGAACAAAUCACAGAUAUGUUUCGGCAACAACAGCAAGAGAAACAAUCAAAGACAGAUGGGGUUGCCAAAGAAAACAGUUAUCUUGUUGGCUUUAAGAAAAUGUGA